AUGGCAGGUGACGAGUACUCCGUCGGUGGCGGCAAGCUCAAGCUAAAAGGGAGUAAAGUCAGUGGAGGACGGAUAGAGAAGAAAAAGAAGAAGAGCACGAAGAAGAAGGAGGGGGAUGCGACACAGCCAAAGCCGGAGUCAACACCUGGUACGGAACAGCCAGACAAUCAAAAAAAUGAGGGUGUGAUGUCCGAGGAAGACAGGGAGAAGGAGUGGGAUGUGCCUGGAAAGACUGAGGCCGAAAAGAAAGCUGAGGAGAUUCGGCGGAAACGGUUGCAUGAGCGGCUCCAGCGUGAAGGUGUCAAAACUCAUAAGGAGCGUGUAGAGGAGUUGAAUAAGUAUCUCAGUCGUCUGAGUGAACACCAUGAUAUGCCGAAGAUUGGACCGGGCUAA